AGCCUCUCUCUGUAAAAAAAAAACCUCUUCUUCUUCCUCGUUUUAAGCCCACUUCGCUCCCCUCUUCUCUUCUCACACCAACACCUCUCUCUCUCUCGCUCUGAACCCUGAAACACCAAAACUACUCUCUCUCUCUCUAAAAACAGAGGGUUAUCAAUGGCAGAAGAAACACUUAAAACAACUGAAACACCAAAAGUAGAAGAAGCAAUGGAAGUAGUAAGUGAUUUGAAAGCAGAGAAAGUCUCAGUUGAAGAAGAAACUGAGAAGAAGAAUGGCAGUGGUGAUGAAGCUGAGAAAGAAAUAGCUUCAUCAGUUUCAUUUAAAGAAGAGAGUAAUAAAGUUUCAGAUCUUCAAGACCCAGAGAAGAAAGCUUUAGAUGAACUCAAACAACUUAUUCAAACUGCUCUUAUCAAUCAUGAAUUCACUUCUCCUCCUAAACCCAAAGAAGAAGCGAAACCCAUCAAAGAGGAAGAAGCAAAACCCAUCAAAGAAGAAGAAGUGAAACCCACUCUUACUGAUGAAAAAUCAAACCCAGAAUCAAAAACUAUUGAAGAAGGUGAAGAAGAGAAAUCUGAACACUCUGUUGAAACUCAUGAAGAAGAAGAAAAGGCAGAACCGACCGAAGAAGCUGCUGCGGUGGUUUGUGAGACUGUUGUGGUUGAUGAAGAUGGUGCUAAAACAGUAGAAGCCAUUGAAGAAACAAUUGUAGCUGUCCAAGCAACUACUGAAUCCGUUGCAGAAACUGUUACUCCAGCAGAAGAGAAGAAAGAAGAAGCUGGAUCAGUAGAACCAGAAACAACACAACCACCAGAGGAAGUAUUCAUCUGGGGGAUUCCUCUAAUUGGAGAUGAAAAGAGUGAUGUGAUCCUGUUGAAAUUUCUAAGAGCAAGAGAUUUCAAAGUGAAAGAAGCCUUCACUAUGAUUAAAAACACAGUGAAAUGGAGGAAAGAAUUCGGUAUUGAUACAUUACUUGAUGAAGAUCUUGGUCUUAGUGAUGAUCUUGAAAAGGUUGUUUUCAUGAAUGGAUUUGACAAGGAAGGACACCCAGUUUGUUACAAUGUUUAUGGUGAGUUUCAAAGUAAAGAAUUAUAUUCUAAAAUGUUUUCCAGUGAAGAGAAGAGACAGAAGUUUCUUCAAUGGAGGAUUCAGUUUUUGGAGAAGAGUAUCAGGAAACUUGAUUUUGGUCCUGCUGGUGGUGUUUCAACUAUUGUUCAAAUCAAUGAUUUGAAGAAUUCUCCUGGACCUGGCAAAUGGGAACUCAGACAAGCUACUAAUCAAGCUUUGAAUCUACUUCAAGAUAAUUAUCCUGAGUUUGUUGCUAAACAGGUGUUCAUCAAUGUGCCAUGGUGGUAUCUUGCAUUCUACAGAAUGAUUAGUCCAUUCCUAACACAAAGAACUAAGAGCAAGUUUGUUUUUGCUGGACCAUCAAAAUCUCCUGAAACCCUUUUCAAAUACAUAUCACCUGAACAAGUACCAGUUCAAUAUGGUGGUUUAAACAAAGAAGGUGAUAAAGAAUUCAGCUCUACUGAUCUUGUUGAAGAGAUCAUUGUUAAACCAACAACAAAGCAAACCAUUGAGCUCCCAAUUUCUGAGAAUUGUGUUGUUGUAUGGGAAGUAAGAGUUGUGGGUUGGGAAGUGAGUUACUGUGCUGAAUUUGUGCCUGAUGAUGAAGCUGGAUACACUAUUAUAGUGCAGAAAACAAGCAAAAUCAGCUCAAGUGAUGAACCAGUUAUCUGCAACAAUUUCAAAGUUGGUGAACCAGGGAAAAUUGUUCUCACCAUUGAGAACUCUAGUUCCAAGAAGAAGAAAGUUUUAUACAGAUCAAAAACCAAGCCUUAUUCUGAUUGAAAUCCAGUGCCAUUACAAUUUCCUAAGCCCCAAACUUUUGUGAAAACCAUAUGAAGAAAACAACAACAAACCCCAAGAUGAUGAAGUGAAGCUUGUUCAAAUCUCACACCAGUACACCACCAUUACAACUACAGUACUACUACUAGUAUCAUCAAGUUUCCUUUUGAGAGAGAGAUCUUUUUUGUUCAAAAUAUGAAUAUUUGUUUUUAAGUUUUUUUUCUUUUCUUUUACUGUUCAUGUUGUUUUGGGUUGGAAAAUUCUUUUUUUGCUUACUGAAUUCGUUGGUUCUUUUUUUUAAAAGAAAAUUAAAUGUGUCUGGAUAUAAGUAGUGGACUGUGCGAUGUUAACCUUUUACAGACAUUCCUAUUAUUGUUAUAC